CAUUAAUAUCCUGGAGCCCAAAACCGUACUACAUACUCAAGGUAAGGCCUUACCGGGGUCUUGGUAAAAAUGAUGUUUUUAUCCCAUGAGUUACUGCCCUUUUUUAUGCAAGACAACACUUUAUUUGGUUUAGUAGCCGCAGACUGACCUUGCAUUGAGUUAAACAGUUUGUAAUCUACAAAAAUCCCCCAAUCCUUCUGAACUAAGGAUCCCCCAACGCACUACCAAUUAAUGUAUAACUUGCAGUUAUGUUAUUUGUACUAAAGUGCACAACCUUGCCUUUAUCCACAUUGAACCCUAUUUUCCAUUUUGCUGCCCAUAUUUCCAGUUUAGUCAAAUCACUGCAAAUUAGCAGCAUCCAGCAUAAAGCUUACAGAUUUGCACAAUGUAGUAUUAUCAGCAAAACUAGAGACAAUACUUUCAAUGUCCACCAUUAAUAAACAAGUUAAAAAACAAAGGACCAAGAACACUAUUUCACUAACAUCACAGGCCCAAUCAGAAAAUGUUCUAUUUACCACCACUCUUUGUAAUCUAUUCUUCAUCCAGUCAUCUAGCAAAGUAUAUCACCAUCACCAAUAAAAAUCAUCCAGGCCUUCAGACUUGUUAAGCCAUCUUUUGAGUGUCAGUGGCCCGACACAUGCCCAUUAUGCUCUCGGUUUGCUUUUUAGAAGCUAAGGUUAGGGGUCAUUAGUAAUCAUCAAGCAUACAAUUAGGAUCAUUUAUCAUAGAAGCUGAUGCUACAGGGCUGAGUUUUACAUUCUGAGUGCAGAAUUCACUGCUGCCAUGUAAUAUGAAUAUGAAUUUGUUAUUAAUUAGUAUUGUGACUUUUAUAUAUAUAUUCUGUAUACUGUGAUUUGCUCCAUAAAGAUGGGAAUUUGCUGGAGGCAUCUGAGCUUGAGCUAGAAAAGACGUUCUAAAAAUAAUUUGUAUCAUUUGUAGCCUACUUCAUUAGUUUUCCUUUAAACAGAGGAUACAUUUUACAUAACAACAAGGCAAUAAAUAAAAAUAUGUCUUACAGACCAUUGAGGAUUCUUAAAUUACAGACUAAGUUGUUGUUCAAUUGAAACAAGAAAAGUAUUAGAUAAGAGAAGUAAAACUUACAAUUACAAAAGGAAGUCAUAUAGAAUUUACCUAAUAGAAUCUACUACACCGAUUCCUCAGUAGCUAUUUGAAUAAAAUAAAGUACGAGAAAAACAGAGCAAAAGUAAAUGAUAAAAAUAGAAGUAGGGUUCUGUUUGGUAAAUAAAGAGAACAGGAAAAAAAAAAAGAAAGCAUAAAUCCUCAAUUUAGGAUUAAUUUCGGAAAUAAAGUUAAAUACACUUGGCAGGGCAAAGGCAGACCAAUAUUCAGUAUGAAAACUAGAUUUAUUAUAAGUUUAUCAAAAUGAUGAUAAUAUCUGAUAAUAUCCCUUUACACCGAGAGCAGCAUCUAACGUCAGACUGCAGACUGUGGCCCUUGUACUACUGGCCAGUCACCAGCAGAUGUCCUUUCUGAGCUAUAGGCUGUCUAUUUAUAUCCAUGUGACAGUCAGCGCAGUGUCAGGUUUUCCAGCGACUUCCAAAGAGGGGGCAGUGGGCAAGUCCCCCCUGUUCAUGCCAUUCUUCGCCAUAUUCUUCCUUCUCUCUUUUAAACAGAGCUGCUUGAAUCUUAGAUCUUUCUUACAUCUGUGUACAAGGUAUCUGUGACUAUGAGCACUGCUACCUAUCACAUAUCCAGUCUGCUGGAGAAAAUGACUUCCAGUGACAAGGACUUCAGGUUUAUGGCAACAAAUGACCUGAUGGUGGAGUUGCAGAAGGACUCCAUAAAGCUGGAUGAGGACAGUGAAAGGAAGGUGGUAAAGAUGUUACUGAAACUGCUGGAGGAUAAGAAUGGGGAGGUGCAGAACCUUGCAGUUAAAUGCCUGGGUCCCCUGGUGGGAAAGGUGAAGGAGUAUCAGGUGGAGACCAUUGUGGACACGCUGUGCAGUAACAUGCUAUCCGACAAAGAGCAACUAAGAGAUAUCUGUAGCAUUGGGUUAAAAACAGUCAUCUCCGAGCUCCCUGCAGCAAGCACAGGAUCAUCUUUGGCUGCCAACGUUUGCAGGAAGAUCACCGGGCAGCUGACUGGGGCCAUUGGGAAGCAGGAGGAUGCAUCAGUGCAGCUGGAAGCCCUGGACAUACUGUCUGACAUGCUGGGAAGGUUAGGGGGCACUCUCUUCACCUUCCACCCCUCUAUACUAAGCUGCCUUCUGCCCCAACUUACCAGCCCACGACUGGCUGUGAGGAAAAGAGCCAUUUUGGCCUUAGGACACCUGGUGCACACUUGCAAUGGGAAUUUGUUCACUGAACUUGUAGAGCACCUUCUGGGGGAGCUGCAAAAGAAUGAGUCUACAUCUACCACUAGAACCUACAUCCAGUGUGUGGCCACUGUCAGCUGGCAGGCUGGGCACAGAAUAGGCCCACACUUAGAACGGCUUGUGCCUCUAGUGGUGGGGUUCUGCAGGGUAGAGGAUGAUGAACUGCAGGAGCAGUGUUUCCAGGCUCUGGAGUCCUUUAUCAGGCGCUGUCCGAAAGAGAUCUCCUCACAUGUACCCACUGUCAUGGAGCUGUGUCUGAAAUACAUUGCCUAUGAUCCUAACUACAACUAUGACAGUGAGGAUGAGGAAGCUAUGGAGACAGAGAGUGAAGAAGAACAAGAGAGUGAUGAUGAGUACAGUGAUGAUGAUGACAUGAGUUGGAAGGUGAGACGCUCUGCCGCUAAGUGCCUGGAAUCACUUAUUAGUGCCAGACCAGACCUUUUGCAAGAGUUUCACCAAACAGCUGCCCCAGCCCUUAUCCUGCGUUUCAAAGAGCGGGAGGAGAAUGUGAAAGCAGAUAUCUUCUCUGCAUACAUCACCCUCCUCAGGCAGACACGUUCCACCCAGAGCUGGAAGCAACCUUUAGACAUCUCUAGCCAAAGGGACACACCACUCGGAGCUCUGCAGAACCAGGUUCCCUCUGUGAUGAAAUCUCUACACAAACUGCUCAGAGACAAGAGUGCCAAGUCUCGCCAGGGCUGCUUUGCUGUUCUCACAGAGUUAACUAAUGCUAUGCCAGGCUGCCUAUCCCAGCAUAUCCCUACCCUGGUCCCAGGGCUGGUUUUCUCCCUCACCGACAAGUCCAGCACUUCCAAUAUGCGCCUGGAUACUCUGAGUUUUCUACAUGUUGUGUUGAGCAGCCACCCCCCAGAAUGCUUCCAGCCCCACCUCCCAGCCCUUAUGCCGUCUGUAGUCACCUGCAUCUCUGAUUCUUUCUAUAAAAUAACUUCUGAGGCCCUGCUGGUGGCCCAACAACUUAUCAGAGUGAUCCGACCUCUGGACAAGGCUUUGGACAAGGCUUCUGAUGCCUUGCCCUACACAAAGGAACUUUUCAAUGCCAAUCUGAAGAGACUGCAAGCAGCUGACAUAGACCAGGAAGUGAAGGAGAGGGCUCUAUCUUGUAUGGGGCACCUCAUUUGUCACCUUGGGGAUCAGCUAGGAAAGGAUUUGCAGCCCACUCUCCAAAUAAUCCUAGAACGGCUGCGAAAUGAGAUCACCCGUCUCACUGCUGUGAAAGUACUUACUCUGAUCGCAGGGUCCCCACUGAAGAUUGAUCUGAGGCCACUGCUGAAGGAAGCUUUGCCUAUUCUGGCCUCUUUCUUGAGGAAAAACCAGAGAGCUCUGAGACUGGGGACUCUUUCUGCCCUAGGUGUAUUGGUGAGAAACUACAGUGAUUGCUUGAAACCGGGUAUGGUAGAUCCAUUACUAGGAGAACUGCCCGCCCUGCUAGCAGAAUCAGACAUGCAUGUGGCACAAGUCACUGUGGACUUUCUCACCACUCUGGUCAGUGCUUACCCAGCUGCACUACCUAAACUGGGUCCCAGCAUCCUUCCUCAGCUCUUUCAGUUGGUUAACUCCCCCCUCCUCCAAGGAGGCGCACUCACCUCCAUUUUGUCUUUUCUACGGGCUUUAGUUCUAAGCCAUACUCCUCAUCUGGGCUAUCCAGAGCUGGUCAAACAACUAACAGGACCCAUCUACUCUGGAGGGCCUGCACUCCACAAACAAGCCUACCACUCUGUUGCAAAGUGUGUGGCUGCCUUAGCAAGUGCCUGUCCAAAAGAAUCCAAUGCUUCCAUAAACCAGUUCAUACAGGAUGCCAAGAACACCCGUGUGGGGGAUCCUGUGAAAGUAUUAGCCUUUUUGGCGCUAGCAGAGAUUGGAUGUGAAAGGAGCUUAGAAGGUCAGCAGCGUGAGCUGAAGAGUGUUAUUCUGGAGGCAUUUGCCUCCCCCAGUGAGGAUGUCAAAUCUGCAGCAUCUUAUGGUUUGGGGAAAGCCAGUGUUGGGGGCCCUGCAGACUUUUUGCCCUUUUUACUUCAUGAGAUUGGUGGGCAGCCUAAAAGACAAUACCUAUUGCUCAAUUCACUUAAGGAAGCACUUACCUCUCUUCCAAGUGAAGAGCUGAAACCAUAUCAGGAAGAUGUGUGGAAACUACUUCUCCAGCACUGUGAAGCUGCGGAAGAGGGCACCAGAAAUGUCGUGGCAGAAUGCCUGGGAAAGCUUAUUUUGGUGAAUCCCUCUCAGCUCCUACCCAGGCUGUGCAAACAGCUUAGCUCAGGUUCACCCCAUACUCGUAGCACUGUGGUUACUGCCAUUAAAUUUACCAUAUCUGACCAGCCAGCACCCAUUGACUCCUUGCUCCAAAAAUCUAUUGGUGAAUUCUUGAAAACCAUGAAGGACCCAGAUCCCAACGUUCGCCGUGUAGCUCUGGUUAUGUUUAACUCCGCUGCCCAUAACAAGCCUUCUCUGGUGAGAGACUUGCUUAACGUUGUUCUGCCUCCCUUGUACAACGAGACCAAGGUCAAAAAGGAGCUAAUCCGGGAGGUGGAGAUGGGCCCAUUUAAACACACUGUAGAUGAUGGCUUGGACGUGCGGAAGGCAGCAUUUGAAUGCAUGUACACCCUGUUGGAAAGCUGCCUGGAUCAGAUCGACAUUUAUGAAUAUUUAAAUCAUGUGGACGAUGGGUUGAAAGAUCACUAUGAUAUAAGGAUGCUGACCUUCAUCAUCCUCACGCGCCUGUCUGCCCUUUGCCCUGCUGCAGUUCUCCAGCGCUUAGACCAGCUCAUUGAACCUCUGAGGUCCACAUGCACCACAAAGGUGAAAGCUGGGUCUGUAAAACAAGAGUUUGAGAAGCAAGAUGAACUGAAGCGCUCGGCCAUGAGAACAGUCACUGCUUUGCUCAAUAUACCCGAGGUAGAGAACAGCCGGGCUAUGGCAGAGUUCCUGUCCCAGAUCAGAGCCAACUCGGAGCUGUCUUUGCUCUUUGAAAAUGUCCAGAAAGACACGGUGUCACUGUGCAGUGCGGAGUCUAUGGAGAUAAGCUAAGGAUCCUUGUCCGAGCUUCCCAGUGUAAUCCAUUGCUCUGUGCCGCUGCUGAAAUCACUCUAGAGACCUUUAGGAUUUGGGUCAGAAUGUUCCUGUGACACUGAAGGGUUCUUCAAAAGGCUUUUCUCUACAUGCUUUUAGCGUUAGAUCUGAGCCCACAUUGCCACCAACAAGAGUUUCAGCACCGACACCCUACUAUCCUCAGUGAUAUCAAACCAAGCAGCAUAAGUGAUAUUGAAUAAUGUUACAGGGAAUAUUCCGUUGUUUAUAGGAAACCAAUUGCUGCUACUACCCCACAACUAUGGGCAGGCGUGGAACCCGGUGAAUGUACCCACUCAGCAGAACCAUAACAGUGCGACUGUAUCAAGGGCUAAAAGAGUGAUGCAUGUUAAAGGUAUAGUGCACUAUAGUCAGAUAGCAAUGCCUUUAAAGUCAUGUAAUGAAUGUUACAUUAAGAUAUUAGUACAGAGAUUAAACACUCAUUUCUAAAUCUGGAUUCUCUAUGACAAAAAUAAAGUUAAAGUUGAGAGG